UUGCAACAGACGCGUCCAUUUUUCACGUCCGUCGGCCCGGCCCGCCGCCCCCUCCUACACAUCCGGUCUGCAGCCGGAUCACCACUGUCGGCCAGCCAUGGGCAGUGCGCCUGCGUCGGAUCGACACGUGUUGCAUCAGCGACGCGUCGAGCCGUCGGCGUCGACGCGUCGAGUCCGACGGCCGGCGCGGCGCACGUGCGGAUCACGCGGCGGGUCUGGGCAGCGGCGCCGGUGUUCAAAUCUCGUCUCGCUUCAACCGUGGUUCGGCCGAGACUGACGUGUCGUCUUGGCCGGAGGAUGCAGGUCGAGCUGGCAGAGGGUCGGCCGUCGGCACGGCGCCGCCGCCGGUCGAUCGAUGUCGGCCGUGCCCCGGGGCGAUGGCGAGGGCGGCCGGGGGCUGCGCGCUCGGCGUCCGUCCGCGCGGCACGCCGGUCACCUUGUGCCGUCCUCUGACACGGACCCCGCCGCCGGCGCCGCCGCUGCCGGAGACGGAGACGGUCACACAGUGAACCGCGGUCCGUGCCGAGACACACAUGGAGAACGGAGAGGUGCCCGCCGAGGCUGACGGCCUCAUGGGCAAGAAGCGCAAAUACUCGCCGACUGUAGCGAGUGGUGCCGACGCAGCGCCGACCAAACGUCAUGUGGCGCAGCGGUACGUGUUCGCCGUGCUUGGCUGCAUCGGCAUGUCCAUCACCUACGGCCUCAAGGUCAACUUCCACGUCUGUAUCGUCACCAUGAUCAACCACACGGCGGUGCGUGCGGCCGGCAACGCCUCGGGACACGCCAGUUCGGCUCACUCGGCCGCCAGCGAGUGCGCCGAGCCCGGGCACAACGACACGGAGAUGGCCGGAUCCAACCUGGUGGACGGCCCGUUCACGUGGGACGCCAUCAUCCAGGGCGUGCUGCUGGGCUCCUACUUUUACGGCUACCUGGUGACCCAGGUGCUGGGUGGCCGGCUGGCCGAGCUGCUCUCCGCCAAGUGGACGUUCGGCGUCUCUGUGUUCCUGAACGUGUUGCUGGCGCUGCUGACCCCGCCGGCCGCCUGGCUCGGCUGGGGAUACCUGCUGGCCAUCCGCAUCCUCCAGGGCAUGGUCGGAGGAGUGACUCUGCCGGCUACUCACGUUCUGCUCUCCAAAUGGUCCCCGGUCAAUGAACGGAGUCGGAUCUCAUCGCUCGUUUACGCAGGUAUGUCUCUGGGCACGGUCAUCUCCGUGUCGUUCACCGGUCUGCUCGCUGCCGUCCUCGGCUGGGAGGAGGUGUUCUACGUCCAGGGCGGACUGUCGCUCAUCUUCGUCGUGCUGUGGUUCGUCUUCGUGUACGACUCGCCCGAGAAACACCCCUGGAUAUCCGACACGGAGACGGCACUCAUCAACCAGGACAGAGGAGACUCGCACGGACCUAGUCCUCCGCUGCCAUGGAGGGAGAUAAUCAAAUCUCUGCCCUUCUGGGCAAUCAUGAUCUCGCACACCGGAAGCAACUUUGGCUGGUAUAUGAUCCUGACGGAGCUGCCGACAUACAUGUCGACCAUCCUGGGCUUCGACAUCGCCUCGAACGCGGUGCUGUCGUCGGUGCCCUUCCUGGUCAUGUGGAUCUACUCCAUCAUCCUGGGUAACGUGCUCGACCACCUCGGCUCCAAGGGCAUCAUCACGAGGACCACCAGCACCAAGAUCGCUACUAGCAUCGCGGCGUUUGUGCCGGCGCUGUGUCUGGCCGUGGUAACGUACGUGGGCUGUCAGACGGCGCUGGCCGUGUUCCUGCUGACCAUCGCCACUGGCGCCAUCGGCUCCAUGUACAGCGGCUUCCUCUCCAACCACAUCUCCAUAGCGCCCGCCUUCGCAGGUACUCUGAUGGCCAUCACCAACACUGCUGCCACCGUGCCGGGGAUGCUGGUGCCCAGCUUCGUCGGCGCUCUCAUUCACGAGGAGAACACGGUGUCGCAGUGGAGGAUCAUCUUUUUCGUCACCUCGGGCCUGUUCGUGUUCCACGGCGUGCAGUACCUGCUGUUUGCGUCCGGCGAGGAGCAGCAGUGGGCGAAGGACGCCCGUCGGCGCGCAGUACCUCAGGAGGAGCCGGACUCGUCCCGGCACUGACCGGCCCCAGGGCCUCGGCAGGAAGGGACGCUGGGUGUCUGAGGAUCUGCUGAGCUGUCGGCCGGCCGGCCGGCACUCCAGCCCUUAGGGUAUGGACUAUGGAGUGGAAAUAGUAGUGCCGGAAAGGAGACGGCCAUUGGCUUUCAGCUGUGCUGUGUCUGUCUGAUCCUCUCUGUUCCCCCCCCUCUCUCUCUCUCUCUCUCUCUCUCUCUCUCUCUCUCUCUCUCUCUUUCUUUCUCUUUUUCUCUCUCUUUCUCUCUCUCUUUCCAUCCGUUCCCCCUCUCACUUUUUCGCUCUCUCUUCCUCUUCUACACCAGAGAGGUACGUACCCCAGCCCCUCGGCGCCCCAUAGCUCCCAAUUAGAGGUAGCAAUGUGUUUAUUGCGUGCUGUAGUCUCCCUGCGACAUAUUUUAGGUGUUAGAUGUUCGAGAUUUAAGAGAACAUUUCUAGAAUUCUGAUGGAUUUCUGUUGUGUGUACGGUAGAUGUAUUAUUAAAAUGGUCGUGCUGCUUAGACCGUACCUACGCGUAUUUUUAAAGGAAGUAGUCUCAUUGCUGUUUUCAUUGUUGAUUAUAUCUUUUGUGGGCAACAUUGUGAUUGUGAUGGGAGUGCAGGGGAGUGUCGUUACUCUGAAUGAUGUCUAUACCUAUAUCGUUUAUACUUAUCCACAUAAUAGCUUGGUCCCUCAUACGGCCCACGAAGGGUGGCGCCCUCUCGAGUCUGCCGGUCCUGCCAACUGCCGGCAACUUGGGAAUCGCGUAACAUGGCUUUCAUUGUCGCUGCACCGAGCCACUCGUGCGCUGUGAUGUGUCGCACAUAAGAUACCAAAGUCGUAUCUUCGGACUUUGGUAUAAAUCCACAAUACCGGUAGCUAUUUGUGGAUCCAUGUUAUCAGUAUUGAAAAUGUUUGGAAACAAAACUGGCGCAAUUACCUACCAAACAGCAUGUUAUGCGUCUUGUGGUUAGUCAGUGUCUGUCGGUUUGGUUUGUGCGGUGUUCAUGGAAAGGAGUGUUUUCAUGGUAAGGUAGCCUCAGUUCUAUUCAUGUAUUAUAUUUCUAGCCUGACCUCCAUGCUGACCUUCGGUGGAGUUGAUGGAGCUCUAAAGGGUCUGAAAUUGGUGAUGCUGUGGUCUUUCGACGUGUUUACUCACUGUUUCUCUCGUCUAUCGACAAAAGCAUGUGUGGGUCAAAGCUGAUUGCGGAAACUGACUGCGACAGAGAGCAUGAAAGAAUGGGAGACUCAAACUGCAUAUGUAGAGGGACUGAUGGAGACAGAGCGUGACUGAGAAGUGAGCCUAUUAGGUUGGUGCUGUGUCCAAGCGCAGUGCUUGCAUGUGCUGCAGCAACGUUUAAUUGCAUAUAAUUAUACAUACUCGAACAGUGUAGCCUAAUUGGCGGAAUCGUGCAUCCAAGGGCUGUUUAAUCAGGUGUCAAAAGGCCAGGCUGGCCCUAGCUGUACGUAUAAUAUGCACCUGCACAUUGUUGUGUAACACAUCGCUUCUCGCGGCCGAUCGUUGUGUGUGUGUAAGAUGUUGGAAAAUAUACGUUUGGAAGAA